ACUGUCAAGACUCUAGAAGCGACAGUCACUUGAAUUCUAAAGUGUGCGUCUGUUCUAUGAAAAAAUAUUUGAAAAUCUGAAAUUACAUUUCUAUUUGCUUUUGUAAAACACAAUAAAACAUCGGAAAAUGGCUUUACAUAUUCCAAAAGCACCAGGUGUACCGCAGAUGUUAAAAGAUGGAGCACGGAUGUUCUCAGGAUUAGAGGAAGCUGUCUACAGGAAUAUUAAUGCUUGCAAAGAGUUUGCUCGAAGUGUAAGAUCUGCUUAUGGACCAAAUGGGAUGAACAAAAUGAUAAUAAACCAUAUUGAAAAGCAAUUUGUUACUAGUGAUGCAGGUACAAUUAUACGCGAGUUGGAUGUAGAACAUCCAGCUGCUAAACUCAUGGUACUGGCAAGUCAAAUGCAGGACUCAGAGGUCGGUGAUGGCACAAACUUUGUAAUUGUGAUUUCUGGAGCCCUCUUGGAAGCAGCUGAAGAGCUUCUACGUUUAGGUGUUACAACUAGCGAAAUUGCUGAUGGAUAUGAAAGGGCUCUCGACAAAUGCUUGGAAAUUCUUCCAGAACUGGUUUGCUUUGAAAUAAAAGAUUGUAAAAACUUUGAUGAUGUUGUUAAAGGUAUUAAACCUUCAAUUAUGUCUAAGCAAUAUGGAAAUGAAGAUUUUAUUGGUAACCUAGUUGCCAAAGCCUGCAUUGGUAUUCUGCCAGAGAAGACCACAUUCAAUGUGGACAAUAUCAGGAUUUGUAAGAUUCUUGGAGCUGGUCUCCUGCAGUCUGAUGUCCUCUCGGGCAUGGUGUUCAAACGUGAAGUAGAGGGUGACAUCAGUAACAUUACCAAGGCUAAAGUGGCCGUCUACUCCUGUCCCGUGGACAUCACACAGACUGAAACUAAAGGCACUGUCCUUAUUAAGAGUGCAGAUGAACUUUUGAACUUCAGUAAGGGAGAAGAAUCUCUUCUUGAAAAACAGAUUAAGGAUAUAGCUGAUGCUGGCGUAAAGGUCGUAGUGGCUGGUGCUAAAUUUGGAGAUAUGGCCCUGCACUUCUUGAACAAGUUUGGUGUUAUGGCAGUACGUCUAAAUUCCAAGUUUGAUUUGAGACGUCUCGCUAGAACUGUUAAUGCCACUGUCCUACCCCGUCUCACAACCCCAACGGCAGAGGAACUCGGCUACUGUGACAAGGUCCAUGUAGACGAACUGGGAGACACACGAGUUGUGGUUUUCAGUAUGGAUAGUUCUGAAUCCCGGAUGUCCACAGUUGUCAUCCGAGGCUCUACUGACAAUUACAUGGAUGACAUUGAACGGGCAAUUGAUGAUGGUGUCAACACAUUCAAGGGAAUCGCCAGAGAUGGACGCUUCGUGGCCGGUGCGGGGGCAACUGAAAUCGAGCUUGCCCAGAAAUUGUUACAAUACGCAGACACAUUGCCAGGCUUAGAGCAAUAUGCGGUACGGAAAUUCGCCGUUGCUUUGGAAGCAGUACCCAGGGCGUUGGCUGACAAUUCAGGCGCAAACGCAACGGACGUUGUCAAUAAUAUCUAUAAGGCUCAUCGGGAAAACCAAAAAACUGUUGGAUUCGACAUUGACUCUGAAAGUAGUGGGGUGUGUGACGUUAAUGAGAAGGGGGUUUUGGACUUGUACCUUCUAAAAUACUGGGGUCUCAAAUACGCGGUCGGAGCGGCAACUACAAUACUCAAAGUCGACCAGAUCAUCAUGGCCAAGAGAGCUGGUGGUCCCAAACCCAAAGCCCCAGCUGGAAGUGAUGACGAAUCCUAAUAAAAUAUAAGACACUGCAGAUAACUUCGAAUACAAAUAAUUUUUUACAUACAAGUUUUAGGCAUUCGACUCGCGAGUUUUAACAAAAUUGUCUAUAUUAUGUUCGCAAAACUAUAAACAAUCUAGUAUUAGAUUUGUGUUUUCGUAUUAUCGCUGAAUAAGUCAUUGACUUGAAAUGGCGGCAAACAAACUAUACCAUAAACACACGUUUGAUUUUUAUGAAUAAAGGGGUUAUGUGAAAGUAAUCUGUUCACAGCCUAUUAAACUGUAUUUCCAGGCACUUUACUAACGUAAUUUACAUAGAUAUAACGGCUUGGAAUGGUUGUAUGCUACAACUGUGAUGAAACAAUUGUACUUUUAUUUUGCAAAUGUGUCAAAGCGGCCAUUUUGCACUACAGACUUGACACGAUCAAUUCUGUGGUCUUUCGCGGUAUUCAG